AUGCCCAACGAAGUAAAGACCGCAAUGAUCAAAUGGAAUCGGGACGAUGUGAAAAGCGCUGGACAGCGGAAGACACUUGACGGCUUGAGAGCCGUAGAUAAUCAAGGACUUCAAGGACUUCCACAUGCUUACAAGCCUGGCACUGGGAAGUGGGAAUGGAAAGAACUCCUCCCACCCCAGGAUGAUUCGGAUAGCAUGUGGCCGACAUUGCCGAAAACGUUUGUAAAUCGGCCAACUCUUUCUGAGCAUGAUGCUUACACUCUCAGCUCGGUGGCUUAUCCUGGCAAGUGCUUGACCUUGAACACCGACAAUACCGACGUGUUCGCGAUGAAGAGCGACGGUGGGAUCUCUCGGCAAUGGGGUUUUCAGCUUCGGGCAGGUGACGGGAGAAAUUUCCCGGGCAACGGGUUCCAGAUCAGGAGCAAAUACAAUAACCAAUGCUUGGGCAAUGAUGGUGACAGGAACGCGGUGAAGGGCAUGCGUUGGUUUAAUGACUUGACGCAAACAGUAUGGACGCAGCUGGCGAAGGGAGGACGCGCUUACCUGGCUGUUUGCAACACAACAGCUACUGGAACGACAACAUCUACAUGCAGCUAUGCCUGCGGUUUCCGUGCCAGAAAAGGGUCCCAAAGAGAACCUAAGGUGCAUUCACAGGUCACCGCAUGCUGCCGUUGGAGUGGCUGUGCGGGUCAGAGUGAGAGGAGUCAGGACAAAUUGAAGGCCGUCAAUUUGGUGCAAUGCGUCGAACCAUUUUUUUGA